GAAGUGCCAGUGCGUAGCUGUGACAUCAAUGUGCUGCUACAGAAGGUCAGAAACAGCACCAUGGCACCAGUUUUAGUGUCAGCUUGUAGCCGUCUGUGUUUACUUUAUUGUAAGCUUAAUCGUGCAGUUUUACAGACGGGCUUCACGUCUCGGAGUCUCUUCUUUUUUAACAGCACACGAAAAGGGAAUGCAGCAGUCCCUCAAGCACUUGCACUGCGCGGCUUCUCUGGGCUGGUACCCCAUAAACAAUUAAGAAGAAUCUUCGUUCCAUUGGGCAGAACAGGGAAAAACUCUCAAUAUAAUGUGUCUCGAACACUGGCUGCAUUGCCUCCACCACCUCCCUCGCAAGACAAAGGUCCUAGAAAGACUGGGCCUGUUACAUGGAAGUCUCUGGUGAUAACAUUUGCAGUUGGUGGAACACUGCUGGCAGGAAUGAAAUACUUCAAGAAAGAAAAAGAAGAAAUGAUUGAGCAGGAGCGAACAAGGUCUUUUGGUAAGCCAGCUCUAGGCGGUCCUUUCUCCCUCGUUGACCACAACAACCAGCCCAAGAAGAGUGAAGACUUCCUUGGGCAGUGGAUUCUUCUGUACUUCGGUUUCACGCAUUGUCCAGACAUUUGUCCGGAUGAACUGGAGAAAAUGAUUGAAGCUGUAGAUGCAAUUGACAAAAUACCUAGCCUCCCGAAUGUCACGCCUCUCUUCAUUACAAUCGACCCAGACAGGGAUAACCCAGAAGCUAUAGCAACUUAUGUGAAAGAAUUUUCUCCAAAGCUGAUUGGACUAACUGGGUCAGCUGAGCAAGUGGAUCAGGUGGCCAGGUCGUACCGAGUCUAUUUCAGCCAGGGACCCAAAGAUGAAGACAAUGACUACAUUGUUGAUCACACCAUCAUAAUGUACCUGGUUGGCCCUGAUGGGGAUUUCAUUGAAUAUUUUGGCCAAAACAAGAAGAGCACAGAGAUUUCAGCUUCAAUAGCAUCUCAUAUGAGAAAGUAUAAGCAGAAGAAAUAGAUUGUUGCACCAGCAAAAGGGACUCGCCAGCCUUAAUUAAAACAAGUACAUCAGUUUAAAAACAGAGUAGUAGAACCCCCUUUAAUUGAAACCAGCUUUCAGAAAUGCGCUAUUAUGUGGCAUGCCCAGCGGUCAUUAAACUAAUACAGUGGAGAAACAAGGAUUGGAUAAUUCUUAACUAUAGCUUACAAUGGGAUAGAUUCUGAAAAACUGUCCCAAUGACAAUUUGAAGUAGAUACUUUAAGAAUCUAUUCCGCAUUAUUUUACGAUUUGCACUGUUUAUAAAAUAAAUAAAUAAAUCUGAAAAUGCCCCUUUAUCAGAACACCAAACAGCAAUAAAACCAUCCAAGAACAGACUUCAUCAAUACAAGGGCUCUCACUAUCAAAUCAGUGAAAACCCUGAUUAGAGCAUCUGCUCAGUCCAUUCUUCCCUGCGCCACUCUGGCUCGAGCAAAACUCACCACACUGCUGGGCCUCACCUUCUCAAGGAUCCCCCUUUCAAACUCAGAUAUGCUCCAGACAGUCUGAGCAGCCACUGCUCCAGCCUGAAUGGCAGGUGAAUUCAGAUUGCAUGUCCAAUGCAGGAGAAGUUCAGAUGAAACGGGUCCUACUGUGUUUAAAAACAUCAAUAAAUAAAUCAUAGAGCAAAUAAGAUUCAAAAGCUGCAACAACCAAGUGAUUUACAGAAGUAAAAUAUAUUUUCAUGUACUUAGAAAUUGUGGUUCCGUUGUAAACAUUUUAAUUAAUUUUUUUUUCUACGAUUAAAUUUCCUUGUUAUCAUGUAAGGGAUUAAACUGUUUUGCUGGCAAGUUCCGCCAUUAAUUAAAAUAUUUGUAUUUUUUUAUUUUUUUUUUAUUUUCCAGUUACAUAUAUUUACAAAAAAAUUAAUUAACUUAAGAGGCAAUUCAAUACUUGUUUAAGUAAAAUGUAAAUGUAUGAUGCCAUUACUUAUAGAAAUGUAUUAAACUACAUUUACAACAAAAA